ACGAGCAGGAGGAACCAUCUUUCACUACGCAAAAGCCUAUCUGGUUUACAAGCUUCUACUUUAAUUCAAUUUCACCUGUGUUUUUUCUUGUCCUGAAUACAAGAAAUGGCGGAGGGAGUUAUUUUCAACGUUGCAGACAGCAUCAUUGGAAGGCUAGGCUCCCUUGCUUUCCAAGAGAUUGGAUUGAUUUGGGGUGUUCAAGAUGAGCUCCAGAAGCUCAAGGAGAUAGUUGCCGGAUUCCAAGCUGUUCUUCUUGACGCUGAGCAAAAGCAAGUUAACAAUGAAGUCAAACUGUGGCUCCAAAGUGUAGAAGAUGUCGUUUAUGAAGCUGAUGACAUGCUGGGGGAGUUUAAUGCUGAAGCUAAACGAAGACAAAUGGUGCUUGAAACAAAUAGAGUAUCAAAUCAGGUACGUCUCUUCUUCUCUAGCUCAAAUCAACUUGCUAUUGGGCCAAAGAUGGGUCAUAAGAUAAAACAUAUUAACAAGAGGCUUAGUGCAGUUGCAUCUCGUAGGACCUUUCAAUUGGAAGUGAAUCAUGAAGAUACACGGUUUAUAAUUAGAGAGAGGGUCACUCACUCUUUUGUAUCUCAGGAAAAUAUUAUAGGGAGAGAUGAAGAUAAAAGGGCAAUUAUUCAACUUUUGUUGGAUCCAAUCAUCUCAACUGAGAAUGUGUCAACCAUUUCCAUAGUUGGAUUUGGAGGAUUGGGGAAAACUGCACUUGCCCAACUCAUAUUCAACGACGAGGUGGUUCAAAAUCAUUUUGAGUUGAAAAUAUGGUCAUGUGUCUCUAAUGUAUUUGAGUUGGAUAUACUUGUUAAGAAAAUACUAAAAGUUGACAAGCUUGAUAUGGAUCAGCUACAAAAUGAUCUUAGAAAAAAAAUAGAUGGGAAGAAAUACCUACUUGUGUUGGAUGAUGUGUGGAAUGAGAAUCGGGAGAAAUGGCUAAGCUUGAAGUACUUGUUAAUGUGUGGUGGAAAAAGUAGUAGAAUACUAAUAACCACUCGUAGUGAAACCGUUGCGACAAUUUCAGAUACAACUAAAGCAUACACCUUAAAGGGUUUGAAUGAAGAGCAAAGUUGGUCUUUAUUUAAGAAAAUGACUUUUAAAGAUGGAAAAGAGCCAGAGAAUUCAACAGUUAAGGCAGUUGGGAAGGAGGUUGCAAGAAAAUGUCAGGGAGUCCCACUCGCUAUAAGGACGAUAUGUGGGAUGUUGUGCACCAAGCAUCACGAAUCAGAAUGGUUGAAUUUCAAGGAUAAGAAACUUUCAAAAUUAAGUCAAGAAGAAAAUGAUAUUUUACCAACACUUAAACUAAGUCAUGAUGUGCUCCCAUCACAUUUGAAGCAUUGUUUUGCUUAUUGUAGCUUGUUUCCACUUGGUUAUGAGAUCUCUGUACCGAGACUGAUUCAACUUUGGGUGGCACAAGGGUUCAUUAAGUCAUCUGACGAAAAUGAGUGUUUGGAGGAUGUUGCAUAUGAAUACUACAAGGAAUUGCUACGGAAAUCUUUUUUUGAAGACGAAGAAAAAUAUGAGUUUGGUUUAAUAAGAAGCUGUAAAAUGCAUGAUCUCAUGAAUGAAUUUGCCAUCUUAGUGUCAGGGAUCAGAAGCACUGUAGUUGAUUUGAAUCGAGAGAAUUUUCAUGAAAAGCUUCAUCAUGUAUCUUUCAAUUUUAAUGUUGAUUUGUCAUAUUGGAAAGUGCCAACUUCCUUGCUAAAUGCAAAUAAGAUACGAACUUUGCUUUUUCAUCGCCAAGAAUAUUUGAUCAAGGAAUAUUUUCCUCGUGAUGAAUAUCGGAUCAAGGAGUCAUUAUGUAAUUCAUUUUGUACUAAAAUUGCUUCAAAUUUUAAGUCAUUACGUAUGUUGAGUCUCAAGAAAUUUGGAAUUACAACAUUACUUAAGUGUCUUAGGAAAAUGAAACAUUUGAGAUAUCUUGAUCUUAGUGAUAAUCCCAUCGAGAGACUUCCAGAUUGGAUAGUUGGACUUCAAAAUUUGGAAACACUAGAUCUCUCCGGCUGUGAGAAUCUUGUGGAACUACCCAAAGGCAUUAAGAAGAUGAUCAACUUGAGGCAUUUCGACUUGACAGGCUGUAUUAAAUUGACUCAAAUUCCACGUGGAUUAGGUGAAAUGACUGAUCUUCGUACAUUGGGUAGAUUUGCUUUGAGCAAAAACAAUUCCGUGUUGAGAGACAGUGCUGGCCUUGGUGAACUGGGGAGCCUUAAUGAAUUAAGAGGACAGCUAUCUGUUAGAAAUUUGAGGCACGGUGAAGAUGUGAUGUCAGAAUCAAAUGGUGGUGCACCUCUGAAGGAGAAACAACACCUCUGUUCGUUGGGUUUGUUCUGGAUACGUGGAGACAACUUAAACGCAGUUGAUGAGAAGGAUAUUACCAUGUCCAUGGAGAUAUUGCAACCCCACUCAAAUCUAAAGCAGCUGUCCGUGCGGUUUUAUGGUGGUGUGAGGUUUGCGAGUUGGUUUUCUUCUCUCAUAAAUAUUGUUAAUCUCACAUUGGUUAAAUGUAUGAGAUGCCAACAUCUUCCACCCUUGGAUCAUUUGCCUUCCCUUAAGUUUCUUCAACUUUCACAGUUGAUACAGUUGGAGUACAUAUCAGACAAUGAGAGCAGUAAUAGUAUGAGUGAUGAGAUGAUGAAGAUUUCAUUCUUUCCCUCUCUGGAGAAGCUCUGGGUAGAAGAUUGCCCUUCUCUGAAGGGAUGGUGGAAGGCGCACACUCAUAACAAUGCUUCUUCUUCAUCAAAGGAAAACCUGUCGUUCCUGCUCCCUUCGUUUCCUUGUCUUUCUAGCUUGACCAUCAGGAAGUGUCGUAAUCUAAAUUCGAUGCCUCUGUAUCCAAAUGUGGAUAGAAUACAUCUCGAUAGGACCAGCUCGAAUGUUCUUCCUUCCUUGUUUGUUAGAGGAGCAUCUGAUAUUACACAUGAUGUUGGUGUUGGUGUUUCUUCCUCUUCUUCUUCCCCUCAUCUCCCCAAAGUAACACAUAUGUCACUUCAUGAAGUUAAGGAUUUGGAAUGUAUAAUGUCGGAAGGGAUCUGCAACCUCACAUCACUCCAAUCGCUUUCAAUUGGAAACAGCUCAAAAUUGGCAUCAUUACCAGAAGAACUUAGCAAUCUCACAUCACUCCAAUUGCUUUCCAUUGGAGAAUGCCCAAAUUUGGCAUCACUGCCGGAAGGGAUUUGUCGACUCCCCUGUUUAAAUAGAUUGCUAAUUCAGUAUUGCCCCAUGUUAAGCGAAAGAUGCAAGAAAGAAACAGGUGAGGACUGGCCUAAGAUUGCUCACAUCCCAUCCAUUGAAAUUGAUAUAUCUUAAGAUGACAAACCAUGUGGACCAAAGAUUUUGUCCACACUUUUGCUUUCUCAUUGAGCAACACUAGUUCCACGCAAAGCCACUGAUUCAAAGAAGAAACAGAUGGAAUGAAGAUGAAGGAAGCCAAUUAUCAUACAGCUUUUGCUUAUACAGUGUAGUGCGAUAGCUCCAUAUAUUAUACACAAUGUUCGUUUUUGAGGUUUAAGUGCGGAUCAAAUGUCUCAGUGUUGCAUGGAAGCAUGAGAGGACAUCUUAAAAUCUUGAACCGAGAUCACAUCUCAGUGAUUCCAUGAUCUAUUCUUGAAAUUUCCGACGAGACAAAUAAUUCAGGAUCGGCCUUGGCCCAAGUGCAAACAGUGCACUUGUCCAGGGCCAAAUUGUUUUGGGGCACCAAAUUUUUUUAGUAACCACUUCGCCUUAUCCAUUUGCAAAUCGCGACAGUGCCAGUCCAAUGCCCUUCCGUCGCAGCUUUCCUUAUCGGCCUCUUGACCUCCGAAAUGGUGGCAGAAAUCGCUCAAAACUCGACUGAAUUUUACAGAACCGGUCGCCGUCGUUCACCGCUGCAGUCCCUCUGUCGCAGCUCAUUGGGCCUUUUGGGUACUCUUACUCCAAGCUUACAAUUCAGAGGAAAGAUGGGUAUUUACUGGGUUUGAGAUGUGAAGGACUAAUAGAAGUUGUGUUUGUUAGUGGAAUUUCUGUUUGUUUGAGAUGUGACGGACUAAAAAGGUUGCUUUGGUGGGGAGUGUUCCCCAUAACUGACCCAUGGGUAAAAUAUUUGAUUCUUUGGUAGCCUGAUUAGUGAAAAACCUUACUUUUAUAGCUUCUUCCAAUUUUUUCAACAUAUUGGUCCCGCUAAGUUGAUUAUAUCAAAAUUUGAAUGUUAGCUCACUAUUUGGUGCUCCCUGAUCUGAAGUUUUCAGGUUCUGCUGAAAUUUCCUUUCUUGAAACUAACGACAUCCUUGGGAUACAUUGUGAAUUAGGCUGUAAUGUGCUUCAAACUCAAUUGAACUUGGUCACUGGCUUUUCUUGAUCUUCACCAGGUGAUGCAUGGUUUUUAAAUUCUCCAGAAGAAUCGCUAGGAUUCGUCCUUGCAGAUGAAGGUUUCGAUGUAUGGGUAGGGAAUGUGCGUGGAACACGUUGGAGUCAUGGACACACAUAUCAGAAGAGAAUUAAGCUUUAUGCACUAUUAUAGGAUUUUUGAGAUUGGAGUUGGCAGGAAUUGGCUCUAUUUGAUCUAUCAGAAAUCAAGCGCUGCAUAUAUCCAACAACAAGCUCCAAAGUCUUUGUUGUUGGGCAUUCACAGGGAACAAUGAUGUCUUUAGCUGCUCUCACCCAACCGGAGAUAGCGAAAUGGUUGAAGCGGCCGCUCUUUCCUGUUCAAUACCAUACUUGGAGCAUUUCACUUCUAAAUUUGCACUUAGAAUGGCCAACAUAUAUGUUGAUCAGGUAUUCCUUAUCUUCUUCAAAGUAUAUCGUAUGAAUAGCUUCUGCAAUGAAAUUGAUGCAUGUAUUCUUUUUAUAUGAUUCUUUUUACUCAAUGUUAUGAGAUUUUAUUAGUAGUUAUCUUGUAUCUUUUGUAUAUUUUAUUCAGUGAAUUGGGUGUCAGCCUUUUGGAUUCAAUAUGAGAUGGCCAUGUUGCAUGCUUGGAGUGAUUGUAUAUGAUUUUGAUUUUAAUCGUCGGGUUUAGGUACUAUGUCCCCCGGUUGUAUGUUUUUCUUGAAUUAAUAAUAUAAUAUGG